AAUCAUAUGUUUAUUACUAUAAAUGUAAUUAUCAAAUUAAGCAAAUGAUGAAUUUGGCCAUAUAGUACGUAAUAGAAUAAAGAAUGUUGAAUAAUUUAUUUUUUUUAAUCUUCUCGGCUUUUAUUAAACAUUAUGCAAUCUUUCCUAUUGGUACAACUAUCGAAAUACGUCGUCUUACUUAUAAUUUCACAUUAGGUAAAUCAUUAAAAUAGAAACUGUUUAACAAGUAAGAAUAUGUAUAAAUUUUUAAGCGCUGCCAUCGAUGCAGAGUUGCCGAUCAUCUCGUGUAUUUAUUAUACGACUUUUUGAUUUUGAUUACUUUUAUUAAGAAAAAUGAAAAAAUAGGCAUUUAAUGAAUAUUUGAUAAGGUUUAGUAAUGGUCUGGAGGCUAUUGUUAAAGUAAUUACAAUAAUUCGUACUUAGUACAUUGUGGAAUGUGCGAGGAGGAGCUACUGUGUUACGCAGCUCUGCAUGAUGCCAUCCGAAAAAUACGUAAUAAACACGAAGAAUUCGUGUCUUAUGCAUUAUCGGGUUAACAUUUUACCACUCGACGUGAGAUAUGAACUGUUUAAUUGGAACAGAUUUACGGCUAAACAAUAUAAAUCCGUAUUUCUUAUUUUUACUCGGUAGCACGUAUACGUGGCAACAGAGCAAAGUUGUCUGAGUGCUCUGUCACUUCCUAGUCAAAAGAAAUUCUUCGAGCACAAACAAUAAUAUAUUUACACUGUUAAAAUAGUGAAAUACGGUAUAACUCGAAAAGAAUACUGUCAAAUAUUCUCUUGAUAUAUUUUAACUGUCUGUCAAGGUAUCGGUAGAGAAUAUUUCUGUGUGCAUAUUAACGUAUCACCAAGCGUCGGUUUAUAUAUAUUACAUGUGCAACCUGUGUUAAAGUCUUCAUGGUUAACAUCUUAUGAAUGUGUCUGGCAACAGAUAUAAUUUCAAGUUUAUUACAAAGAUGCCUCGCAUAUUAAGUAAUUGAUUGAUCACGGCAUGUAAAAAGAAUAUACACAUACAUCAUCGUAUGAAUGAAUGCGUAAACAUAUACACACAUACUUAUUUACGUACACCUAUAAAAGUAUUGGAAUUUACAAACAUUUCAGAAAUUUAAUGAAAAUAGAAGUCAGUUCUCUCUGUAUAUUGUAUCUGCUAAUGUGUUUAUGACUUUUGUACACACAAUAAGCUGAUGUUGGUUAUAUUUCAUGAACCUGAUGACAGAGUAUUAUAAGCUAAAAGAAGAAAGCAGCAAGAAUAGUGCUGCUAAUGGUGCUUUGGCACUGUUAUUAUUAUCCUCCUAACAACAUAAUGGAGGAGCCAGCAAAGAAGAAACAACGCAUUGAAAAUGAUGAAGUUGAAAAAGAUACAUUAUCAGAUAUUGAGCAAUUACAGAAUAGUCUGUUGACACAAUGCUUAUGUAAUAUACCAGAAAGCAGUUUACGUAAACCAUUCACUAGUGCAACAGUAGAAGCUGCAGAUGGCACUUUUAGAUCUUCAUUAUUAUCAGAAUGGGAACCUGAUCAAACCUUAGAAUUUAUAAGUACUUUACAACUAUUAUUUGAUUUAGCCAUUAAACAAAAUGUUAGAGGUAUUAUGUGCAGGAGAGUAGUAGAUGUUUGUGAUGCGCUGGCGCGAAACGAGCAUGGCAUUAUAGAUCAAAUAAUUGACCUAUCAUGUACAACAAAUAAAUUUAUAUCAUUUGCUGCUAGCAGAGUUCUUGCAUCAUUUUUUAUUAUAACAAAAGAAAAUAUUGACACAGCAUGGUUGGAAAGAUUAACACAAUCUUUAGUAAAUACUCAUUCUCCAAGCCAAAUGCUAUUCACUUUGGAUGUUGUAAAAAGAGUUGUGGAACACAAGGACUGCAGUAUCCAUCCUCUUGAAGAUACAGAUAGUAUAGUGCCACCAUCUCAUUGUAAUACAAUAUCAAUUGCUGAUACAGAAAGUUUUGAUAGUACACCAGUAAAAGCAAUGUGUGUUAAAGCAUUGGAAUCUAAAUGGACUAUACUAGUAUCAAAAUUUGAUGCUAUUUUAAGUUCAUAUACGCCACAACAUGAAUCAGCUGUCAUUACAUUUCUUGAUUUGUGGGAAUCCAUCAUUUCUGUUAAAGCCAACUUAUCUGUUAUUGAUACCAAACUUUUUUAUUCUCAAUUAGACAACCUGGUUGUACUUUUAAAUGCCAAUGUUCCUGGUGUGAUUUGGAGACAUCUCCUUGGGUUAUUUAAUGAAGUAUUGUGUUAUGGAAGUACUUUGGCCUUACAAGAUGUAUUGCCAGAUGAGCCUUGUUCUCUUGCACAUUUGAUUGUAAGAGCUGUAAAAGAUUGGAGAUUAUUGGAUGCUCUACCAUAUCGACAUGGUUCUGGAAGAUUUGGAGGAGGAUCUGGUGAAGGUGAUCGUCCUCUUCUGCAAAAAAUAGUGCUUUUAGUUUUAAAAAGUGUUGCUGUGACAGUUAAAGAGACACGUAGCGAUUCUAGUGACUCUUCCUUGGGUUCUGAAGCAGAAGAUCUUGAUGCUGAUAUGGCAGUUAUUGAGAGGAGCAUUAGAGAAGUUCUAAGACAACUUGAUCAGUGUGUUAAGACAUUAAUGCCAUUUCAUCCUGAAAUGCCUUUAUCACAGUGGGUUGUACAAAUGUUCCAUGAUCAAGAUGAUUUUUUAAUUGAAGGCAUGGUAUGUUGUUUAGAUGUGGCUGUUGGUUUAUUUUAUAGAGGACCUCCACAAAAUGAUCUUGGUCAUAUGCUUAGUCCAACUUUAACUUUCAUACAAUUUAUACAUGCUGUAUCACAUGAUCCAGAUGUUUUAUUAGAUUUACUUGUCAGUAAUGAGACCUGUUUCUUAUUAUACUUAUUGAGAUUUUUGAAAUAUGUUAAAAGAAAUUGGACAGAAUUUGUCUCUUGCUGUGGAAGAGAAUUAGAUGAUACCAUGACAAUAUUGAUAAGACUUCGUUUAGCAAUUGAUAGAUUAGUAUCAAAAGAUUUGUUUCCUUAUAACAUAAAUCCAGUUCUACGUUUGCUAGAAAAGUGUGAAUCCUUCUAUGAAGGAAAUAUAGACAACUAAUUAUUAUUUGAUUGCAUGAUGAGAUUCAAAAUUUCAAUUCACUAGAUGUACAAAUUGUAAGAAUGAAAGCUUUGUCAUCUGGCUUAUUUUAUCAGUCAGAAAGUAAUACAAAAUUGUAUAAUCUUACUAACUUCAUUUUUAUAAAUGACUGACUUAUACUACUGUCUUUUGUAGUACUAUAUAUUUAGAAUAAUAUUAAAAGAUACAGAAAAAAACAUUUCUAUUUAUUAUAUUUAGCAAAAUUUUAUUCAUUCAGAACUAUUGUUGAAGUUUUACACAAGAAUUAUUUUUUGCAUUUCAUGGUUGAAGUAUAAAUGGAUAAAAGUAGUACAAAGAUUAGCUAAAAUUAUAUGCUUCACAAUGAAAUUGCACUUUUAUGGUGCUAUGAAAACAUAUUUGCCAAAGCACCAUUGGAAAUAAAUUUAAAUGUAUACUACUAGAAUAAUAUUUAUAUCUAUAUAUAAAGGUUAAAUGUACAAUUUGCCAGUCAAAUAGAAUUAUGUAAGUUGAAUCCUCUGAUGUGCACUACUAAACAUGUAUAAAGAUAUACUUUUUUGUACAUUACAAAACUAAACUCACAAAAGAGUAUAUUAGAUUCUGGUAUAAAGAUUUUUAUAAAAUGCAUUUGAAAAAUACAUAAUAUAAAAAUCUUUUAAAAGAAGGAUAUAAAUAAAUUAUAUCAACACAUUAGAUUAUAAAAUUGACUUUGAAAUUUUGUGCCAGAGGCAUAAUAAAAUAUUUAAUUGUAUUAAAUCAAAAUUUAUAACAUUUGUUUUUUUAACAAUAACAAAUCUGUAACAGAAUUCUAGGACACCUCUGUUAUAUCCACAUACUUAAAUACAAGUGUAAAAUUAAAUAAUGUUUAUUAAAAUGAAAGACAUUGUCAUAUUGUCAUGAUUUAUUAACAAUGUAUAAAUAAUAAUGUUGUAAAAUAUUACAAAUAUACAAAUGUAAAGUUACUGGCAAUGUAAAUGCAGUUAUUGACAUUUAAAGCUAUGCCAGUAUUAAUAAAUUAUUAGAUACAAAUGGCAAUGAUUGUUCCUAUAAGUUAAAGUUAAGAACAAUAUUUGCCAUUGUUGUUUUGGAAUUCUCUACAAAUUAAAGUAUUUGUAUAUAUUAAUUGUAAUGUUAAUUAUGCAUACCUUAAAAUUAUCUUUGUAAGUAUGGUACAUGUAAUACACUAAAAAUCUACAUAUUUUUACUUUUAUAAUCAUGAUCUAAUUUUAUUUAUCAUUUCCCUUUGUAGAUUUUUUACUAGUAUUCGCAACUUACAUAUGUAUAAUGUAAAAUAUAAAAAAUAAUAAAUUAUAAACAUGUAUUGAAAUGUUAGUAAUGAUCGGAACAAAAGUUAAGUGUAACUAUGAAAUUACAAACACGAUUAUUGGAUACUCUACAUACUUAUAUUAGUUUAAUGUAUUCUAAUACAUAUGUAUAUGUAUGUCUUUAUGCUAGUGUACAAUCCACAAAUUUGCGAAAACAUUACAGAAUUUAGGACGAAUUACAGAUUACUUAAUAGUAAUGUUUGAAAUUUAAAGUACAUGUUCUAACAUCCAGAAGAAAUUUUAUGAAAAUAUAGAAUGUUCGGGAAUUAAGGACAUGUAUAUUAACAUAUAAAAUUCACGGGGAAAAAAAUUAAAUCUAAUUCAAAUAUCGGGACUCAAACGAAAUGAAAUUAAAGAAACACGUUAUAUACAUAUGUAAAACGUCGAAAUACCGCUUCGGGAAAGAAUUUUUAAUAAAUAGUAGAAAUUGCCAAUUAGCAAGACAAAAUUUCGGUCAGUUAGCAAGGCAGCAUUUUACGUAAUUCUACGUACCUAUGCAUGUGUUGUAAUUUUAGGACAUUUUCUUACUGCAAUGCUGCAAAAUAAAAUCAUACCAGAUUACA